UCCCGGUUCAUAGGGGGCGCUUGUUAGCUGCAUGGAUGGUGUAACAAAAAGGGAAGGGUGGCUUUCUUCUUUUCGGUAUUAUGAAUGAAAGUCUUUUCUUUGAUUUUACCCCUGAAUUAGUUAUUAUCAAACGUUGUCAAGAAGGUGCUGAUAAAGAGCUGAACUAAGCUCGUAUUCAUUAGUUCAAGAUGUCUGCGAGUGCUGUGUACGUCUUGGAUUUAAAAGGAAAGGUACUGGUAUGCCGAAAUUACCGGGGCGAUGUGGACAUGUCAGAGAUUGAGCACUUCAUGACACUUCUCAUGGACAAAGAGGAGGAGGGGACGCUCUCGCCAAUCUUGGCCCAUGGAGGAGUUCGUUUCAUGUGGAUCAAACACAAUAACCUCUACUUGGUUGCAACAUCCAAGAAAAAUGCUAGCGUCUCGCUGGUCUUCUCCUUCUUGUACAAAAUUGUCCAGGUUUUUUCCGAGUAUUUCAAGGAAUUGGAGGAAGAGAGCAUUAGAGAUAACUUUGUCAUCAUAUAUGAGCUGAUGGAUGAGCUGAUGGACUUUGGUUAUCCUCAGACCACAGACAGCAAGAUUCUGCAAGAAUACAUAACCCAGGAGGGGCACAAGCUGGACACUGGCGCCCCACGACCCCCCGCCACGGUCACCAAUGCUGUCUCCUGGAGGUCAGAGGGCAUUAAGUACAGGAAGAAUGAGGUCUUCCUGGACGUCAUUGAGUCAGUCAACCUCCUGGUUAGCGCAAAUGGUAACGUCCUACGUAGCGAGAUUGUUGGCUCCAUUAAGAUGCGUGUCUUCCUGUCUGGAAUGCCUGAGUUGCGGCUGGGCCUUAAUGACAAGGUUCUGUUUGAAAACACUGGACGAGGAAAGAGUAAAUCAGUAGAGCUGGAAGAUGUAAAGUUUCACCAGUGUGUCCGUCUGUCUCGCUUUGAGAACGAUCGCACCAUCUCCUUCAUUCCUCCUGAUGGAGAGUUUGAGCUCAUGUCCUACCGCCUAAACACUCACGUGAAGCCCUUGAUCUGGAUUGAAUCGGUUAUUGAGAAGCACUCCCACAGUCGGAUCGAGUACAUGAUCAAGGCAAAGAGUCAGUUCAAAAGGCGUUCCACAGCCAACAACGUGGAGAUCCACAUUCCUGUGCCAACGGACGCCGACUCACCCAAAUUUAAGACCACAGUGGGCAGUGUGAAGUGGGUGCCUGAGAACAGCGAGAUUGUCUGGUCAAUCAAGUCCUUCCCUGGUGGGAAGGAGUAUUUGAUGCGGGCCCACUUCGGUUUGCCCAGUGUAGAGGCUGAAGACAAGGAGGGGAAGCCGCCAAUCAGUGUCAAGUUUGAGAUCCCAUACUUCACCACCUCCGGCAUCCAGGUGCGUUACCUGAAGAUCAUUGAGAAGAGUGGAUAUCAAGCCCUGCCAUGGGUGCGCUACAUCACCCAAAAUGGAGAUUACCAGCUCCGGACCCAGUAGGCAGCUCUUCAGCCAGCAGUAGGCAGGUGGAAAUCAGAGGGGGCGGAGUCAAGCCGCUAAUGUGCUAUCAAUGGCAGGUGUCAGUCAGUCAGUAUCUACUUUUUGUUUAGUUUUUUGUAUUUGUUGAAGUUAUAUUAAUUUCUGAUCAAUGCAAAUAUUAGAUGGAGCCUUCAGUUAGGCAAGGUUUAAUAAAAAAAAAGAAAGGAAUAUUAUUGUUUAGUGUGAGCGAGGCCAAGGAGAGCAGGAGUAUUGUUUACAUCCAACCCAUACAGCGCAGAGAUGUACAUGUACACAAUCUAUUACAAUGGGUCAAGUUUAAGAGUAUGUUACAAUUCUCACUUAAAGUUACUGUAAUCACCUCCACACAGGUUAAUAAGUAUAUUUUUUAUGAAGCUGCUUUGUUCUGCCACAAUUCCUAUUUGUUGAUUAUCUGUAUAUAUUUGUUACAUGCUAAUGAACUUCAAUUCAGUGUUAUAUGUUUGAUAACUGUAAAUUAAAAAGUUCUCUCUUGCUUUGUAUUAUCACCUGAAUGUGAUGCCAUUGAUACAUGUCAGAGCGACGCCUUCCUGCAUGGCUGUUGUGCUUUUUCGUCAGUUUGACUCCAUAGACAUUCAGCUUUGCAGAAAACAUGGAAAGUCAGUGUAAGUUGCACGGUAAACAGAAUACCAGUUAAAAAAAAAAAAAAAAAAAAUCCCUCCUUUCCACCCCAACACCUGACCCCCCCCCACCUCGUCUGUAACCACAUUAUUUUAAAUCAUUAAAUGUCUAUUUAGAGAAAAUUG